CCAGCUGGGUGGUAGGAAGACCCACCUAUGUGUGGAUGGAGCCUUCUGGUGUAGACACUCGGAAUCUUGUCCGCCUCUUCUCAGUGCUAUCUGCUCCAACGCUGCCGGCCUCUGCCUGGCUCUCCUUCCCUUCCUCAGUCUGGGGCAAUAGCGAAGCUUCUCGUGGAGGAAGGCGAUGGAUCCCUCUUGGUCUUGGGCCAGCAGCCUCCCACCCACCUAGGGACACUUCACCUAACCUCCUGGGCACACACACUGUACCAACUUUGAUUUCUGAUUCAACUGACCUUUGUCCCUGGGACAGAGGGAGCUGAACCACAGUUCCAAUUCAAGCCUUCGGAAUUGCCAGCCUAAGCCCUCACUCUCUGAAGUGGACAACCUUACCUCCUGCCACAGGUCUGUCCGGGCCCAGGAAACUCUGCCCCCACCCAGAAGACCCUGGGACACCCAGGAGACCCUACCCCAGCCCAGGAGACCCUACCCCUACCCAGGAAACUCUGCCCAGGCCCAAGAGACCCUACCUAGCCCAGGAGCCCCUGCUCUCACUCAGGAGCCCUGCUCUCACUCAGGAACCCUGCUCUCACUCAGGAAGCCCUACCCCAGCCUAGGCACAGCACUGUAGCCAUGAUGGAAGAAGACAUAGAAUUAUGGCAACAAGUUUUCCAGGAGCUGAUUCAAGAAGUGAAACCAUGGCACAAAUGGACCCUCACACAAGACAAGGGCCUUCUUCCUGAUGUUCUGAAGCCAGGAUGGAUGCAAUACCAGCAAAAGGCCUUUGCCAGGUUCCACUGUUCCUGCUGCUCUCGCAGCUGGGCCUCUGGCUGCGUCCUGACAAUCUUCCACAUGCACUGGUGUGAGAGGAAGGGCCAGGGCCAGGUGAAGAUGAGGGUCUUCGCUCAGAGAUGUAACAAGUGCCCUGAGCCUCCGUUUGCAGCUCCAGAGUUCACUUGGGACAACAUCUCAAGGAUCCUGAACAACCUGCUCUUCAGAAUUCUGAAGAAGUGCUAUGGAGAAGGGUUUAAGCAAAUGGAUGAGAUUCCUUUGCUUGGAGACACCAGUCUUGAAGGACCACAUGACAGCAACAACUGUGAGGCAUGUCUGCAGGGCUUUUGUGCUCAGAGUGGCUUAGGCCUAGCCUCAAAACCACCAGCGCGCCCAUUAUCUCCCACCCCGUCUAAGACAACUAGGGAGCCUAAGGUCACGGCCAUUUACAGCAACGACCCCCGCUCACUGACCUCCUCUAAAGUGGAAAAGCCCCAAGCAUCAAAAGUGGACCCCAAAGCCAGUAACCCUACCAAAGCUGCCCUCAAGGUUAGCCACACCUCACACCCAUCAACUACAAUAUUGACAACCCAACAGCUGUCACGGGUAAGCUCACCUACCCCAACACGUGUCACUCAAAUGCCUUCUCCCAUCAAGAGCAGCAGAGCAGCAGAUGCAGGAAAGAAGACCAGGUCCAAGACCCCAAAGGCAUUGCCCCCAUCCUCCUCAUUUGUCCCACCCACUCGCUCCUCAUUUGUCCCACCCACUUCCUCCUCAUUUGUCCCACCCACUUCCUCCUCAUUUGUCCCACCCACUUCCUCCUCAUUUGUCCCACCCACUUCCUCCUCAUUUGUCCCACCCACUCACUCCUCAUUUGUCCCACCCACUUCCUCCUCAUUUGUCCCACCUACUUCCUCCUCAUUUGUCCCACCCACUUCCUCCUCAUUUGUCCCACCCACUUCCUCAUUUGUCCCACCCACUUCCUCCUUAUUUGUCCCACCCACUUCCUCCUUAUUUGUCCCACCCACUCGCUCCUAUGUUGUGCCCGAUUCUUGGAGGCCACCAGCAAACACCGCCUGCCAGGUGGAGAGAAGCAGCCAUAUCCAUCCACUAAGUGAAUCUUGCUGUGAAUCUUGCUGUGGGGCCUGCUGCGAGGGCUUCUGCGAGUGUGGCAGGGCCUGCUGCAGGGGCCUUUAUAAUUGCAUGUCACGUAAACCGUGUCAGUUUUGGGUCUUCCUAUUCACUGUUGCUAUUAUUGGGACACUUUGCAUAAAAUAUGGUAUAUGAGUCUUGAAAAAAGAAUGCUGAAUGGGAAAAAAAAUCACAACAUCCCCAAAAAGUCACCCAUUGUGUAACCCCUUUAUAUGAAAUGUCAAUAAAAUUAGUAGUGGAAUCCAGAGGUGGCUACCAGGACUGGAGGAAGGGAAAAGUAUAAAGCCACCGUUUAACCAAUGUGGGUCUUGUGAGGAAGAGGGUGAUGAAAAUGUUUGGGAAUUUGAGGAGAUGGCAACAGUCUCUCAACUCCGUCAGCGCACAAAAAAGCGACUGAAUUUGUUCAUCUUAAGAUGGCGAAUUUUCUUUUCUUUACUUUUUUUCCCAUGGGGGUGAGUUAAGGUAGGUUUGAGAUCUCGUGAUGCAGCCAAAGUUGGUCUGAAACUCACUAGGUAAUUUAGGCUAAUCUGGUGGUAUUUGCUCUGCCCAUGACCUUGGGCUAUAGGGCCCCAAGGAGCCAUGAAAAGGGUCACAUGCCCCUUCUCCCUGCUCCUGCCUGCGAGGUGGAUUCGCUCCAGGCCAGAUCAGACAACUUUAGCUAUCUACUCCAUUCUGUAUUUGUAAGUGUAUUUCCUCAAUUUAUCUCUUAGUAAAUUCUGUUACCCAUUUAAUAGACUCAUGUGGAUUGAUCAUAUAGUCUCACGGUCCCAUCAAUCCUCCUGCCUCAGCCUCUCAACUGCUUGAAUCUCAGAUAUGAACUACGAUGCUCAGCAGUUAAUUUUCUUACGACUCUCACCUGAAUGCAUUUAAAAGAAUACACGGUUUUGACCUAUCAUGAAGGAACAGAGUCUGAAGUGUUGAGGACUCAGAACCAUUUGGAAGUCUUGAACCUGUGAUCUCCUCAGCAAGUUUUGCUCAGGCCCUCCACUGUCGGUCUGGUGUGAGAUGGAAGCAGUAAACUGGCUUCUCAAACAAUGGUCUCCAUGGAGGUGCGUGCAGCUACUCUGUGAUGGGGAAAAGAUACUGGGAAGAGAGAUGCCUUUUCAAGUUCAGUUAGGGAGUUUGGGAGAUGCCUCAGAAAGUGCAAGGACCUGAGUUCAGCUCGGCAGCACCGGGGAAAAGCAGGGUGUGGAGUCCUGUCAUCCCUCCAGCGCUGGGGAGCUGAGACAGACAGCUUCAGGGAGGGAGUUACUGGCCAGCCAGUGUAGCCAAAAGAACAAUCUAC